GUUUCCUGUUAGCUUCCCAAACUAUGGCUAGCUCACUGAAUGUAGUCUGUGGAUGAACACUGAAAACUCUACUUGGAACAGCUUAAAUCUUACUCUGUGUAUCUCGAAUAUGCCUCUUAAAGUCUGCAAGAGCUACAAAAACUAACCGUAAACCAGAAGAAGAACAGGCGAAGUUAGCGCAAAAAGUCCAGCAGCUGAGAAGAUGUAACAGCGGCUAACUGCUGCUAAUGAAGAGCGAUUUGAGAAUAAUGAUCCCAGUGUACCAGGAAUAAAUUAGUGGUUUAAAAGAAGAGAAGAAACGAGUCAAAGUGCUGGAUUCUGUUUUCAAGAAACUGAAGUUCGCUGAUACAGAGCAGACAUGCCCCAGCACUUAAUGAUUAAAGAAGACAUAUGUGAGUGGCAGAAAGAGAAUCCGAAUCUUGACCAAAAUUACUUGCAGCUUCCAAACAUUAAAGAGGAGCAAGAGGAACUCUGGUGUGAAGAUGAAGAAAAACUACAGUCAUAUCAUAUUCAUCAAAGCCAAAGGCGUGAGAGCAUAGAAAUGGAGCACUUUUCCAGCAACUCAACUGAACACAGAACACAGAAAAUAGAAGCUCAUGGAGAGGACUGUGGUGGAUCACAACCAGCCAGCAACUCGGGGUCAUGCCCUCAUUUACAACCACAAACUGAUGACAUGCAGCAGUUGUUGUUGAUCAAAGAAGAAUUUCUCCCGGAACAGCAGGAGAGGAAUUUGAGUGUUGACCAGGAGGUGAUUAAAGAGGAACCAGAGAAUAUGUGCAUCAGUCAACAGGGACAGCAGCUUCACCAGGUGGAGGAGGCUGAUAUCACUGAGUUCUCUUUCACUGCUGUUCCUAUGAAGACCGAACAUGAUGAAAAACCACAGUCAUCACAGCUUCAUCAUAACACAAAUGAUGAGCGCACAGAGGCUGAGCAUAUAGCCAGCAGGUCAACUGUAAACAGAACACUGACAGCACAAGCUGAUGAAGAGGACUAUGGAAGACCAGAACCAGCCAGCAACUCAGGUCCAUAUAGUCAUUUAGCACUUGACACCAAUGGUAGAUUUUCAGACAGUUCUGAUACUGACAACGGUUGUGAAUGGAUGCAAAUCAGAGAAUUUAAUUCAAGUUUUAAUGGUCAGAAAAAACAUAAUGUCUCUGUUAUUCAUUGCAGGGGCAACAUUACUAAAACACAGUUUCAUUUCAGUGAAUGUGAAAAAGCAUGUGGUCAUGUGAACUAUUCAAAGCAAAACACAGGAAUGCAAGCAAAUGAGAAACCAUUUAGUUGUUCAGAGUGUGGCAAAAGAUUUGCAUUAAAGGAUAGUCUGAUUACACACAUUAGAAUUCAUCAGGGAGAGAAACCAUUUGGCUGUUCUGUUUGCCAUAUAAGAUUUAGGAAGAAGGAAGUUCUGCACAAUCACAUGAAAAUUCAUACAGGGCAGAAAGCAUUUGGCUGUUCUGUGUGUGGUAAAAGAUUUGGUAAAAAGAGCACUCUGAUCACACACCUGAGAAUUCAUUCAGGAGAGAAACCAUUUGCCUGUUCUGACUGUGAUAAAAGAUUUGGACGAAAUAAUGACCUGAUCGCACACUUGAGAAUUCAUAGAGGAGAGAAACCAUUUGACUGUUCUGAAUGUGGUAGCAGAUUUAGACGGAAAGGCAAUCUGAUCAGACACAUGCGGAUUCAUACAGGAGAGAAACCAUUUGCCUGUUCUAAGUGUGAGAAAAGAUUUGGACAAAAGGAUGAGCUGAUUGCACACUUGAGAAUUCAUACAGGAGAGAAACCAUUUGAUUGUUCUGCGUGUGGUAUCCAAUUUAGACGAAAGUGCAAUCUGUUGAGACACAUGAGAAUUCACACAGGAGAGAAACCAUUUGUCUGUUUUGAGUGUGGAAAAGGGUUUGGACAGAAGGAUGAUCUGACCAAACACAUGAGAAUUCAUACAGGAGAGAAACCUUUUGGUUGUUCUGAGUGUAGUAAAAGAUUUGGAUUAAAGGGCAAUCUAAUCAGACACAUGAGAGUUCAUGCCAUGCAGGAGACAAACCUGCAUGGCACGAACUCCACCACACACAUAACACUAUAGUGUGUCUUAGUGCCUGGCAGUGGUGGGCACAGCUAAACGAAAAGUUAGCUUUGAUAACCAUUAAACCGCUAACUGAAAAUUUGACUUUUAGAACGCUAAACUGAUGAACCGCUAAAAAAUUUAGCGGAAGUUACCGCUAACUUUUCGUAUUGACGCAGUACACUGUCAGCUACUGAUAAGCCAGUUUUGAGUUUAAGCAUCGCAGGGGCUGCUGUUGCGGCAUAUAUUGUCGCCAUGAGUAUAUGCAAUGUUCAAAGACGCCGGCACAUAUUGUCCCAAGAGACAAUAUAAACUGGCAAUCAAGGCACAUAUUGUUGCUGGUCAUCAGAGCAAGAAGUUAAACAUGAUGUUUAACUAUAAAUUGUUUUUUCUUUUCUCUCUUCUCACACACACAAAUGCACACUCAUUCGCUCGCAUUAAGUCUGUCAAGUAAGUCAGUCCCUUCGGCUGCUCCCUUGUUUGCACUCGGGGUCGCCGCAGCAAAUCCAAGGUGGAUCUGCAUGUUGAAUUGUCACAGGUUUUACGCCGGAUGCCCUUCCCGACGCAACUCCACAUUACAUGGAGAAAUGUGGCAGGGGUGGGAUUUGAACCCGGAACCUUCUGCACUGAAACCAAGCACAUUAACCACUUGUCAAGAACGUAAUAAACUCAUCUGCAUUUAUUUACUUCAUUAUUUAAUAUACUCCUUAAAUUCAGCGGAUGGUGUCAUCUGAUCUGAGGUCGUAGCCCUUUUUCUUUUUUUUGUGAGUGGCCCCUGGGGGUGCUCAGGAGGGCGGGGGCUGCAGGCAACCCCAUCAACAGAGACAGUGGUGCGUCGACCGCUAACCCUUGACACGGGCAGCCGGCACACGGAGGUCUAAAAAGUAGGCUUCCUGUGGAUGCGCACCGGGUUCGAUUCUUCUGUUUUAUCACUGUGAGCGCAUGAAAAUUGUCACAUUUAUUUGCUUGCAUGCCUUCUCAACAGCACCAGGACUUUUCGCGACCAGUGCGCACAGGGCCGAGGAAAAUGGUUUGAUCCAUCCUGUACUAACUGGUGAUGCGUAACGUGGAGAAGCUUUUGCGCAGGCUGUAGAACACAUCAUUUCAGCAUGACUUUUAGCACUCAGAUGUUGAAUUAUUCAAAACUGUCAGGUGACAUUGGCUGAGUAAUAAUAAAAAAUGCUGGUGCUGCUGCUGAUGGCAGUGACACAACAGGGCACGUGCCGGAGCCCCUGAACCCUCGCACUGUGCAUAAGCACUGUGGCAAUUUCAAAUGAAAUAUUCACUGUGGGUGCGGUUGCUCAGUCCUCUCGUGCCCUUCCCUCCUCACCAUGGGUUUGCCAAAGCGCGCAGUUGAACAGAAAAUGACUGUCAUGUGGUGAUGUGAUCCCUAAAGUGAGACUUAAGGACAUUUAAACAGGUGCUUUUUGCUGUGAAGUUCUGUUAACUGUGCACAAUAAUAUAUUGUCAUGUACGUGCAGACGAAGAUGAUUCGGGCUGCUGCCGGCAGAACAAUCAAACGGGGAUUUACGCUGUGCCUACAGUUCUUGCGCUGAUCCACAGAUUUACCCACAAAUCCAACCAGGUUUUAUGCACGAGGUAUACGGAUCUGAUUCGAGCAUCUCUCUCUCUCUCUCUCUCUCUCUCUGUCUCGCUCAUUGAUUGAUUGGGCAAAAUACAUGGUAUGAAAUAACUGACAAUAUACAUACGUAUACUUGCUGAGGAUGGCAAGGAUGGCAUUUCCAUCAUGGUCCCCAUGACAACACAGGAAAACAAGAUUAAAAAAACACAGAAAUACUUAAAAAUGGCUACAAAGUCAUCUAUAUACACAAAUUAAUAAAAUACAAAAUUAUUAUGACUUCUCUCUCUCUCACUCACUCUCACACACACACACACACACAGAGAUCUGUUGCGGCAUAUCAUGACACUAUGUACCAAUGCUCACGGCACAUAUUGUCACUGGUGCAGUGGACUGUAUGUAGUAACACACCUGACAAAUUGUGACUGGCGACUGUGCCGCAAUGGGGCCAUGAACGUCAGCAUGUAUCGUCGUGGUGACAAUAUAUGCACUGUGACAAUAUGCGCUGUAACAAGCUGCUGGGUAAAUUCAAAGGUGAUCACAAACAUAAAAUGAACACAUGAAAAAUAAAUAAAUAAAAAUAAAACCCCAAACACUGUCAUCAUCUUUAUCAGAAGCAGUAAAUUGCAAUAUUUGAAGUCAUAUAUGUAUUUGACUCGCAUGUAUGUAUGUGAAUGGAGCUGCAUUCACAAAACAAAUGCAUGAAAAAUAAAUAAAAAAUAUAAAAUCCCAAAGACAGUCAUCGUCUUUAUCAAAAGCAGUAAAUCACUGUAUUAAGAGUCACAGUUUCUCUGUUAUAUUUAUACUCGUAUACACAGGAACUGCUCACCCGUGUUGCGUUCAAUGCGACUGGUAAAAUCCACACCUCAUCCGUCGCGUUGAGCUUCCCCACUGAAGAAAAACCACGCACGUUUUGUUUUUAUAUAAAAAUACAGCAAUAAGUGUAUUUUCACUUUAAAAAAAAAGUAAAAAUUUGCAUGUACACGCUUUCUUUAAAGCAGACACUGUCGAUUUACACGACAAGAGCUCAUCUCGAUAGAUCACCAGCGCUGCCGUCACACUGAUCACUCCCCCAUCUUUUAUUACAAAAUAAAUGAAUUUAUGUGAAAUGAUUAUUGUACAAGAGCUUCAGAUAUCUGUCGCUGAGAUAGAUGAUGACUGGAGUGGAGUUUUAAGCAGAAAUGAGUUGAUAAUCUGAAUUGCUGCUGGUGCUCUGAAAUGACACAUUUGCAGUGAAGGCAGGGAGAGUGCUCAGAAGGGGGAGGGCUGAGCUCCCCACACCUGCCUGAUUGUUGCAGACACACAACAGACAGGAACUAACGUGUGAUUUU